AUGGCAGCUUCUCUGUUUUCCGUUAGUGCUGUAUGUGCCAUCGUGAUUGCUCUGUGGUUCGCGCUUCGUACGACUCGGAGGCCAGUUGGGCUGCCUUACCCUCCUGGCCCAAAGCGGCUACCCAUUGCCGGAAACGCCUUCGAUAUCAAUUUUAAGGAGCCCUAUCUCACGUAUACAGAGUGGGGGAAAAUCUAUGGGGACCUAGUUUACUCUCGCAUCUUUGGUCAAGACUUUCUCAUCGUGAAUUCGGAGAACACUGCAAGACUUCUAGCCGACCAGCGCUCUUCCAUCUACUCGGAUCGACCUCAUUCCCCAAUUUAUCGGCUCCUUCGCAACGACGUUGUUGACCGGUAUCAAGACAUGCAUCUCCGUAGUGCCCAUCGACUUCUGGAAAACGUACGACGUGACAGUAAGAACUUUUAUGAACACUUUGACCUGUAUACUGGUGGCCUUGCUCUUGAGUUCACGUACGGACGAAGGAUAGAAGGAAAGGACGAUCCCAUCAUCUCCUUGGCCAAUAGGUUAGCAGAUGUCAUGUCCAAGGGGAUCACCGGAGAGAGGAUCGGCUUGCUGACGGCCUUACCGAUGCUCACAUGCGUUCCAUUGUGGUUUCCCGGUGCUAAGUUCCAGCAUGAAGCUCGACACUGCAGAAAUUUGGUUGCUGCCUUCUCUGAACUUCCAUUCGCUGCGGCGAAAAAACAGGCGGAAACAAGUGGAUUGCAACCCAGCUUCGUUUCCGACAUCCUAACGCAAGGUGGGGAAGACGAAUCGGCAGCCAAAGUAACAGCCACAGGUGUUUACCUAGCUGCGGCGGAGAGCUCGUCCGCUACCUUGAAAAUCCUCGUACUAGCCAUGAUACUGAAUCCCGGUGUUCAAGAUAUGGUCCAUGCAGAGUUGGAUGCCGUCGUUGGAGGGGGCGCGCUGCCUACCUUCGAAGACAGGGAACGGUUGCCUUAUUUGCAGGCUAUUCUGUACGAGGUCAUGAGAUGGCGUCCUGCCUUUCCGCUAGGUGUUCCUCACUUCACUACCACAAGCGAUGUCUUCGAAGGGUAUUAUAUUCCGAAAGGUGCGGGUAUGUCAAAUCGCGAAUAUAGUGAUCCGGAGCGCUUCGAUCCGACACGCCACCUCGACGCAGAUGGGAAACUGAAGCCAGAAGCCAAGCAGAACAGUUCAAAGUACUUUGGUUUCGGAAGGAGAGCGUGUCCUGGACGAUUUUUCGCAGACGAUGCGCUGUGGGCAGCCACAGCAGUCAUUCUGUCCGCUUUUCGUUUUGAGAAAGCCAAGGACUCCCUCGGGAAUGACAUUGAGGUGGUACCAGUAUUUCGACCAGGCGUCAUUAGGCGAGUGGCCGAUCAUGCUGCUAGGCGCGGUCACACGUCAACUGACCAUUCAUUGGUACAGUCACCCCGCUCCAUUUCAAUGUUCCAUUGUUAG